CUUAUCGGUCCUAAAAGACUGCAUUUUAUGUGAUAUGCAUAGCUGAUUUGCUCACCCGGUACAAUGGUGGGAUUUCGAAUCUUUCAGCUGUUCUAUCAAAUGGAUCAACCACCAACGAUCGGUGCAUAUUUCCCCUGUUUGUUAUGGAUGGACAGGCUGCCAAGGUCAGGGACAGUGUAAACUAGAGAUAGUGAUUGAUAGCUCACAGUUACUGAAUGAGCUACAAUGUGGCCUAGAUAUACGGCUGACAAGAACAUGAUGUUCACUUAUUCGCAUAAGCACCUCUUUCUCUCACAGCAUUUGUUCUGGUCAUCAAAUCCUUGUUUCCUGGGUUCUUGUCUUGUGCUAGCGCUUCUACCGUUAGCCUUACACUGGUGGAUAAUUCCAACAUCUUAUUUUCCACUGUGUGUUCAAGAUGCUCUCUAGUGAGCGUGUCAAGGCCAUUUCGGUCCUCUGGGCAAUGACUGGAUUGUCGUUCAUUUUCGUUCCUCUACGCCUGUACACAAGAAUCUACAUUCUUGGGGGGCUGAAAUGGGAUGAUCAUGUUUUCAACUUGGGUUGGGUUUUUCUGCUCCUGUAUACUGUAUUCUGCACGGUUGCUGGGCAGCAUGGACUUGGCAAACCUGUUCACAUCGUGGGAAUAGAUGACGCCGCACAGGCUAUGUACAUGGAUUUGGUAGGCCAAACAUUUGCGGUCCUGGGAUUAGCGCUUGCAAAUAUUUCCCUAGGAAUAUUCUUGCUUCGGAUCGUGAUCAAAUCAUGGCAUCAAAUUACGAUUUGGAUCGCCAUGGUCAGUGUCUCAGUGGUGUCUAUUCUAGCGUCGAUCGUCUUCUGGAUCCAACGUUCUCCUUUGAAGUCCAUUUACGAUCCCAAUGUUGCUGGUCGUACUAUUGUCCCUGUUGCCCCAUUUUCAAUACUCCUCGGUGUAUGGUGCACUGUAGUGGACUUUUAUUUUGCCCUUAUCCCGUGGCUCUUCAUCUGGGAACUCAACAUAAAAUUCAAGGAGAAGAUGACCAUCGCGAUCAGUUUAAGCCUAGGUUUUAUAGCGGGCAUCUGCGGUAUUAUUCGAACCAUUGAGUUGGGCGGAUUGUUGAGUACCGACUAUACAGAAGAUAGCCCCACCCUGAUCAUCUGGUCGGCGGUCGAACUCGCCGUGACACUCAUCUGCAUCGGCAUUCCCACUGUCCGACCCCUAUAUCGAAGAGUCAUUCCUGGAUCCUCCGCCAAAAACUCACCCGAAAGCUACAAGAGGCCGAACGAAAACGGCGAAAGCGCACGCCGCUUUGAGAUGCCAAUGAGAAACUCCAGAGGGUAUCUGCAUAAGGAUGAUAUGUUAGCGACCACUACAUCCGUCGUGCGGGAUGAAGAGAUGCUGGGGGCGGGGUUUCAUGAAGAGAACAGUCAAUAUGCUGACUGUAUUCGGAUCCGACAGGAGGUGCGAAUUGAAACCACUUAGUUACUUGGAUAAAUACUCAACUACAUGAUUAUCCCCAAGUCAACUUUGAUGCCUUCCUUUUGUCUAUUCCUUUUCUUUUGUGACAUAGUUUCUUUUGUUCUUUCCGCUCCUUUCCCAUACAUUGAGAUCAUUGUUGUGGAAUUGUAUUUCUUUUGUCUUUCUCUCCCUCUCCCUUUCACGAGACAAACACAAGAAAAGAGGUGUUUUACGGAGUCCUGUAAUUUUUGCAGGGCUUCUAUAUUCUCCCGACGAAGGCGUCGCUGAAUGCCGUCAACAUACAAUGCGUUAGACGCCAUCCGACUGCAACUCUACGUGGGGUUUUUGCCCAUCUGAGCCCAGGCCGGGUUGUCUUGAGUUCCAGCCGCAGAGAGAAAUGAGCACGUGAGACUUCUAGUUGUUACUUCAUAGACAAGUGAAAGGGGAGUGUGGUUGAGACACAUACUGCUCCAUGCAAAGCCGAUUCGGUCAUGGCUGGCUGAGUAGCACUGUCAAUG